AUGUCGUAAUUUUGUUUUUGGUUAUGGCCAGCUGGUUGACGACGGUGUGUGGCCUUUGUGUUGUAUACGCUAAUUAUUGCUAAAAGUUUUUUUCCAAUUUUACUCCUAUUGGUGAAAUGGAGGGCGGUGCGUUGUCCUAGGUCUCGACCGGGCUAGCGUAUCGUCCGGCCUUUACUGUGUUUGUAAAAUAAUUUUAAGUUGCAACAAACGUGAACUUUUCUUUUGUGAAAUUAUCUAAUCAGAAUGACUCGUGGUAAUCAGAGGGACUUGGCCCGCGCCAAAAACCAAAAGAAACAGGUAGAAAUGCAAAAAAAGAAAAAUGCCAGUGAAAAGACUGGUUUAUCCCUACAAGAAAGAAAACACAGGGAUGCUGAAUUAAUGCGAGAAAAACAACGAAAAAAAGAGGAAGAGUUAGCAGCAAAGAAACAUCAUAAGCAAGCAGCAAAUUAAUCUCAUAUUUAAGAAAUUCUUGACUGCUCUAUUUUUAUUAUGUGUCAACAUUAAAAUUGAGCUUGUUCGUCAAGAGUGAAAAAUUUAAUCAAGUGAUAUGUUGUAAGCAAUUCUAAAAUUUAAUAGUAAUUCACAAAUAUUCAGUUAAAUAAAGCCUAAUUUAUGGAUUAACAAGUUUUCUUUAGUAUUAAACUACAUGUUAUGAAAGCGGAGCUGAGUUGAAACUGAGAAUGAUCUGAAUAUCAAAAAGUGGUGUGAGGAUUGUCACAAUCAUAUAUGUAUUAGUAUUUAUGCAAAUCUUGAAUGUUGAUUUUGACUGAAUAGGUUUGUAUGUAUAGAAUUGUGCAACCCAAAAUCCUUUUUUAUAAUAAAAUCUUAAAAAUAUAA